AUGCCAGCUCCCAAACACCCCAUCCCCGAAGACGCUGCUGAAAUGGCUUCCCCUGCUAAACGUACUACUAGAGCGUCCAACCAAUCGGUUGAAGACAAAUCCUCGCAUGCGACCGACACUCCAGUGUCGAAUUUGCCUACCACUGGCACCACCUCCAACGCUAUCAGUAAACAACCCGUCCGUGGACAUACCACCACACAGACAUCCACCGAAGCCAUUGAACGUAUUGAUGCUGUUCAUCCUCCCAAUCCCAUCCUGACUUCUGCCGCCGUCGAUUCCACGUUGAACGACAACAACGUCGAUGAUACACAGUCGUCGUCAGUCUCCACCACUGACGAUGAGUCAGAAACGGAUACUUCGGUUAUCAGUAUCGCAGGGUUCACUUACACACAGAAGUUUGCCAAGCGCAUAUCAAAUCUUGGUGACUAUGUCAGUAUUGCACACAACAUAUACGGUAUACGCAAACUGCCUGCAUCCUCGACUUGGGGCGCUGGCAUGAACGAGCCAACCCUGUGUAUCAACAACGAGCCCGUUGUCGUCUACAUCGUCGGAGAGAUCGUCAACUCAUCCUUUCUUUUCACGCGUGAACCUAAGAAGCAAGCGACGAUGACCGUAAACCCUUUGCGCAGCAUUGAUCUCCACGCUGCGAACAGCCUCAUCCGUCGCAUCUCUGAAUGGCGCGAAGAUGACAGCCCUCCGCCUACGACCAUCACCACGGGUGUAAGACAGUCCAGGAAAGGCAAACGCGAGGGUGACUGGACGACCUCUCUGUUCAAGAACGUGUGGGACGCUAAGCGCACACUGCCCCCAAAAGAAGAUGACUACUGA